UUUAGUAAAGAGUAGUAAUCUAGGGUUAGGGUUUUCAGGUGCCCGCUUCUCUCUUUAUUCCCUAUUUUAAUAGAAAUGCUUCGAGGUGACUCAGUGUCGAUAAUAUAAUUGAUUUCAAUGACUUCACCGUCCUCUUGGUCUGAUCUUCCCGUAGAGAUUUUGCUUUUGAUCUUUGAUUUUGCGAAAGAUCCUAUCGACAUUCUUCGGUGUGGUGCUGUUUGUAAAUCAUGGCUACCGACUGCCUUACAGGUAUAUCGAAGAUUUUUCCCUCUAUGCUUCAUUCAACCUGAGAAAGAUAUAGAUGAUAAUCUUGUCUUCUUUAAUAUAUUAAACAAAGAAACGCGAAAGAUUCACCUACCUGAAGCUAUGGGAAAGUGUAUUAGCUGUUCCUGCAAUGGUUGGCUGUUGAUCGUGGACGAUUUUGGUUUCCCAUGUGGGAUGCAUCUUUUGAAUAUAUUCUCAAGAACUCAAAUCCUUCUUCCACCCUCAUCGUCUUUACCAAUAUCAUUUCCUGAUCCACAUGAUAAGUUCAGAUUAAUUCAUUUCCAGUGUAAAUUACUUCUAUCAGGCUGUCCUACAGUUUCAGACUGCAUGAUUCUUCUUCUUCUUGCUCAUGGUUCACAUGAUGAAAGCCCAUGCGCAAUAGCCUUCUGCAAACCAGGCGACGAAAGUUGGGCUUGGUUUUUGUGCAAGACUCCCGAUUGGAAAAUCUCUGAUGCUAUCCUGAACAAUGGUAGCAUUUAUGCCAGCAGGAAGUUUCCACCUGCUGUAAUUUCCGUAAAAGAAGAUGAAACAAUCCCAGUCCCUGAGCCCAUUUUGACUCAUAAUAUUGAUGGUGCUUUCUUAGUAAACUCGCUUAAUGGUCAUCUUUUGUUAGUUUGCUAUAGAAGAGAGGAUCCUGAUGGUAAACUCUUUGAUGUUUUCGAGUUCGUUAUUUCUACGGAAGAAUGUAAUGAAGUGAAUGAUUUGGAUGGUUGUACACUCUUUAUGAGCCCCAAUGGUAACCAUCUAGCAAAGACUGGAAAUUUUGAAACUUCCUUUAAGGGUAACUGCAUCUAUUUCUUCAGACAUUCGGAAGGGGACUAUCUUAUAUAUGAUAUGGAAACAAGGCACUCCGAGAUUGUGCCUAGUCGAGGCCUUCCUGGAGAUGGGAGCUCUUUAAUCCUUUGGGUCAAUCCUGAUGUCUAAAGCGGUUGGGUACUUCCUAUUACUUCUUUAACUUUGUUUAAUUUUCAGUGAUUGGAUUGUUGGAAUUAGAGCUGCACAAACUUUCUUCUUAUGAAUUGUCUACUUUUGAUGCUUCAUUUGGUUGCUGGAUUUUCCUCUUGUUAUUUUUGGAAGCCGUUGUUCUUGCUUUUACUUGUAUAACUGAUCUACUCACUUCCAUUGAAAUCCAAGAUUUAUGCUUAUGCUCUUUCUUUCU